AUAAUAAAACAAGGUGGAGAUUAAGAAAAUCUCUAUUUUCUCAGGCAAACUAAAAUAUUUACACCUACAUCUAAAUGACCUUCUUCCCCAUUGAAUAAUUGUCCGAUCUCUGUGAAAUCUUCACCAAAUUCUGAUCUAUAAACCCACCCACUCCCCGUCCUUUUCUCUAGCUUGUCACAUGCUAUCUUCUUCCCCUAGAUCUUCAGAUCGAAAUCAGUCGAAUCAUUGAAAACCGGGUUCACUUGUAACGGUAAAGGUUUUGGCGAAUUCAUUCUCAGUUCACAACAGACGACGCCGUUUCCUUGCUGCCGGCGUCGACGUCCUUCAAUUCCAUUAACAUCUCAGCUGGUGAUUGUGGGACAGAGCUUGUGUAACUUAGUUGAAUCGGAAUUUGUGUAGGUGGGAAAUUUGGGAAUAAUCAAUGGCAGCUCCAGGGGGACCUAGACCAGGGAAUAGACCACCACCCAACUAUAACCCUAAUGCACUUGCUGAUGGUAUGCAAAAUCUACAACUAAAUAGACCUAACCAGUCACCGAGGCCUAAUAACCCAUUUGGGCAGCAGCCACCUAGUGCUCCUAGGCCUAAUAAUACACCAUUUGGGCAGCAGCAGCCACCUUUUGCUGGUGGACCAGCCGUUAGUCGUCCAGGACCUCCACCACCUGGUGUGUUUCCGAGAGGUCCUAGUGGCGGUCCUCCACACACUGGAUUGCCUCCUAAUGUAGCUUCUAGACCAACUGGCCCUCCUCAUGUGGCUCAAUCUGCUCCUCCCUUUGCAUCUCGGCCACCUCCUCCUGGUGCAAUGCCUCCUUCUAUUGGCGGUACAGCCCCGCCGUCUGCAUUGGGUCCUCGUCCAGGGCCUCCGGGUCCUUUUGCUUCUUCGCCAUUGACCACAGGUUCAGCUGUGCCGCCACCAUCAAGCAUUUCUAGUUCGGUUAGUAAUGGGCCACCUGCAGGUGGGCCGGGAAUGAUGCAGGGUGGAGCACGUUUUCCUCCUCCAAGCAAUACAAUGAGGCCACCAUUUGGAGCUUCUCCACCAGCUAUGGUUUCAUCUGGCACUCCUUCUCAGCCUCCGAGUAUGCGCUCACCCUUUGGCGGUCCAUCAUCUGUCAGCACAGCACCAGUUGCGCCAGCACCAUUUUCGGGAUCAUUGCAGAAUGGGCCACCUCCUUCAGGUCCCUCUCCAUUUGCAGCACCUGGUCAAGGCAUGCCUCCACCCAUGGGUGCCCCUUAUGGAACACAGUCGUGGCAAAUGCCACCCCAUCAGGGGCCUCCACCUUCUGCUAUUCCUGGUUCGAUGCAACCACCAAGUAUGUAUGGAAUGGCGCCUCCUCUUCCAAAUCAGGCAGUGGCUUCGAUAACACCUUCUAUUGGUCAUACCAGCCCAUCAAAAGUUGAUCCCAAUCAAAUCCCGCGCCCAAUUCCAAAUGCCUCUGUAGUUCUGCAUGAAACCCGACAAGGCAACCAAGCCAAUCCCCCUCCGCCUGCCACAAGUGACUAUAUUGUUAGGGACACUGGAAAUUGCAGCCCACGGUUCAUGAGGUGUACUCUUAAUCAGAUUCCAUGCACUGUUGACUUUUUGACAACCUCGGCAAUGCCAUGGGCUUUAUUGGUCCAGCCCUUGGCUCUUCCUCAUCCAUCUGAAGAGCCCCUCCCGGUGGUUGAUUUUGGGGAAAGUGGUCCUGUUCGGUGCUCUCGUUGCAAAGGCUAUAUAAAUCCUUUUGUGAAGUUUAUUGAUCAAGGAAGACGUUUCAUCUGUAACUUGUGUGGGCAUACCGAUGAAACUCCACGUGACUAUCACUGCAACUUGGGUCCAGAUGGCAGGCGUAGAGAUGCUGAUGAAAGGCCCGAACUAUGCCGAGGAACUGUUGAGUUUGUCGCUACCAAGGAAUAUAUGGUGCGAGAUCCCAUGCCGGCUGUAUAUUUCUUCCUAAUAGACGUUUCCAUGAAUGCCAUACAGACUGGUGCAACUGCAGCUGCUUGCAGUGCGAUCAGCCAAGUUAUUUCUGAUCUCCCUGAAGGUCCUCGGACUUUGGUUGGAGUUGCUACAUUUGACUCAACUAUCCACUUUUACAAUCUCAAGCGUGCAUUACAGCAGCCAUUGAUGCUUAUAGUCCCUGAUGUCCAAGAUGUUUACACCCCCCUUCAAACCGAUGUUAUUGUGCAGCUCUCGGAGUGCCGUCAGCACCUAGAGCUUCUCCUAGAAAGCAUCCCAACAAUGUUCCAGAAUAACAGGACUGCUGAUUCAGCUUUUGGGGCUGCAGUCAAGGCUGCUUUCUUGGCAAUGAAAAGCACCGGAGGCAAACUUCUUGUGUUUCAAUCAGUGCUGCCAUCUACUGGUAUUGGAGCCCUUUCUGCUAGAGAAGCUGAAGGAAGAACCAAUGUAUCAGCUGCAGAAAAGGAGGCUCACAAGUUACUUCAGCCGGCUGAUAAAACUUUGAAGACAAUGGCUAUUGAUUUUGCCGAGUAUCAGGUCUGUGUUGACGUGUUUCUCACAACUCAAUCAUAUGUAGACAUUGCCUCCAUCUCGGUCAUCCCUAAAACUACUGGUGGGCAGGUGUACUACUAUUUCCCUUUUUCUGCUCUUGCUGAUUCUGCCAAGCUAUACAAUGAUCUUCGAUGGAAUAUCACUAGGCCCCAAGGGUUUGAGGCAGUAAUGCGUGUAAGAUGUAGUCAGGGCAUUCAAGUUCAGGAGUACUCUGGAAAUUACUGUAAAAGAAUUCCAACAGAUGUUGAUCUACCUGCGAUUGACUGUGACAAAACAAUUAUGGUGACAUUGAAACAUGAUGACAAAUUGCAGGAUGGUUCAGAAUGUUCUUUUCAG